CGUCUGUAAGCCCCUUUGUUCGGGCGGGCGGGAGAAGAGGAAUUGCACAAGGGCGCGCGUCUUUGUGAGGUUCGCCGGGCGUAUAUCCAGCCUACGCUGAGCCAAAAUGAGCUGGAGCUUCCUGACUCGCCUCCUUGAGGAGAUCAACCAGCAUUCAACUUUUGUGGGGAAGGUGUGGCUGACAGUGUUGAUUGUCUUCCGCAUUGUCUUGACUGCUGUCGGUGGCGAGUCGAUCUACUACGAUGAACAGAGCAAGUUUGUCUGCAAUACACAGCAGCCAGGCUGUGAAAAUGUCUGCUAUGAUUCCUUUGCCCCCCUUUCGCAUGUCCGUUUCUGGAUUUUCCAGAUCAUUAUGAUAGCCACACCCUCGGUGAUGUACCUGGGCUUCGCACUGCAUCGGCUUUCACGCCAACCACCUCGAAAAAGCCGGGCACCUGUGGUGCGACAUGGUGCUGCCCGUGAUUAUGAGGAGGCAGAGGACAAUGGGGAGGAGGACCCCAUGAUCUUUGAGGAGAUUGAGCCUGAGAAGGAGGUGAAGGAGCCUGAGAGCCAGAAGCAUGACGGCCGCCGGCGCAUCAAAAAAGAUGGUUUGAUGACAGCAUAUGUGCUGCAGUUGCUGGCCCGUUCAGCCUUUGAGGUGGCCUUUCUGAUGGGGCAAUAUAUGCUCUACCAGUUUGAGGUUAACCCCUCAUAUAUAUGCAAAAGCAGCCCCUGCCCUCACACUGUGGAUUGUUUUGUCUCUCGCCCCACUGAGAAAACCAUCUUCCUCCUCAUCAUGUAUGCUGUAAGUGGGCUCUGCCUGCUUCUCAAUAUCUGUGAGCUCUUCCACCUGGGCUGUGGGGGGAUCCGGGAUGCACUCCGUGGCCUUAAGGACGAUGCUCCACCCCCAAAGCCCCAAUAUGCUCAGAAGGAUCCCUCUGCACCUCCAACCUACCACUCUCUGAAGAAACAUCCUUCCAAGGGCCAAUUGGCCAAGGAGAAAUUGGGUUACAGGGGAGAGAGCAUGGCUGCCGAGCGUUACCCUGUGGCGUCAAGACUCCCCAGCCACGAAUUGGAGCGACUGCGUAAGCACCUGAGGGUAGCCCAGGAGCAUCUAGAAAUGGCUUUCCAAAUGCAGCCAGAGGGUAUCGCCAGCCCUUUGCGAAGUAGCAGCCCUGAAUCUAAUGGACUGGCUGCAGAACAGAAUCGCUUCAAUUUGGCCCACGAGAAGGAAGGGGCAGCUUGUGAACGACCAAGUGGUCUCUGAAGCACUGGACAACUGCCCAGGUGACAAGAAGAAAUGGAGGGAACUGAAAGCAUGUACAUAAAUGCACAUAAAUAAGCCUGAUGUUUGGAAGUACCCUGACCGAAAAGUCGGGGGGAUGAGAAUAUGCUCCGAAAGCGAAAAGGAGAUAAUAUGAAUCCCCAGGUUCCAGAUCUGGGUGGGUGGGGCAGCUGUAAUGAUUACUUUCAUAAGUCUUUGUAUGUGUGUCUUUUUAUGGGUCUAAAAGGGAAACUUUUUUUUUUACUUUUAUACAUGUUGUAGAGGUACUGUUGUUCUACCUAGAGGACAUUUUGUCUUUUUUCACCUCUUCCCAAUGGUACUGAAUUACUAGCUACAUAGCAAUUGUCUCCUCCUUUAUACUUUAUAUUAUUUCAGUUUACUGUAUAUAAGAGGAUAUCUCCAACUUUCCAGGAUUUUGCUCAGGAUUCGUCUGCGCACACAAGUCAAACUCCCUCAUCUUUUGUUUCCUCUUCCCUGACCACCAGAUAAUGGAAGAGAUUGGUGGUUGGGCCAAAGAUAAUUCUGCUGCAUUCCAAGAUGCUGGCUUAUGAGCAGCAUCUGCCUUCCUUGCCCUCUGUGGGGGGCUGUGCUUGGUUCCUCCUGAAUGGCAGGGGGACCAAAGUCACGUUUGAGUCAUCUCAGAGACAGACAUGAAAUGUUUUUUACGUUUUAAUUUUUUUUAUAUAUAAUUUACCGUAAUAGUUCUGAAUUUUUGUUCUUUUAUAUGGAUGUAUAAUAUAUACAGUUUAUAUAUAUAUAUAUUUGGUAAAAAAAAAAUCAAGAUUUUUUUUAUAGCAA